CACACAAGAAUUUUACUCUGCUACAGCUACUACUACACUCAACACACACACACACACACAAAAAGCCCCAUACCAAUGGACACGAAAUAGCACUUACAAAUUGCAAAGCAACACUUUAAACGGCUCUUCUCUAACAGCAACUCCUAAUCCAAAUCCUGUUAUUUUCUUUCUCCACCAACUGUUCCUUUCCCCCCGCAUCUCUCGCCGACAUUGAAACGGUUCUCGGUGACCGUUUCCGGCGCCGUCGCCGAUCUCUCUCUACCUCCACCGCCAGAUUUACAACUCUUCUCAUUUCCGAUUUACACUCUGCUUUUGUUCCUUCUCUUUGUCCACCGCAACGCACUCUAUUUCAGGGAUACAAAAUGAUAGGAUCCUUUCUUACCUGGGCGCUUGUGAUGGUUUUUGGCUAUGCUUAUCCAGCUUAUGAAUGCUAUAAAGCAGUCGAAAAGAAUAAGCCAGAAAUUGAACAACUUCGCUUUUGGUGCCAGUAUUGGAUUUUGGUGGCUGUUUUGACAGUAUGUGAGAGAAUUGGUGAUACUUUUAUAUCAUGGGUCCCAAUGUACAGUGAAGCUAAGUUGGCAUUUUUCAUAUUUCUGUGGUACCCUAAAACAAAGGGCACAACAUAUGUGUAUGACUCCUUCUUUAGACCGUAUGUUGCAAAACAUGAGACAGAAAUUGAUCGUAACUUGUUGGAACUUAGAACAAGGGCAGGAGAUAUUGCAGUUGUGUAUUGGCAAAGAGCUUUUAGUUACGGUCAGACUAGAAUAUAUGACAUUUUGCAAUAUGUUGCUGCACAAUCAACUCCGUCACCCCGCCCUGCUCAGCAACGACCAGGUGUGAAGGUGCGUCAACCAGCAACUGUAAAUCGCCAACAGACUGCAGCAACAGAACCACCAGUUGAGGAACCACCAUCUCCCACCUCUAGCACAACUUCGAGUCAGCUCCAGAGGGAGGUAGCAGAGGAGCUGGAUUCCCCACAAGUGCCUAAAACAGCCUCUCCUGUAGCAGGAUUAAGUAACCAGAAGACUCCUAUAGCAGGUUUAAGUACACAGAAAUCUGCUGUAGCAUGUUUGAGUACUCAGAAGUCCAAUCUUGCAUCUGUAGCAGGUUUGAGUACGCAGAAGUCUAACCUUGCAUCUGAAACAACCAACCAAUCUGCACCAACAGAGGCAGAGCCAAAACAGAUUGAAGCAGCACCCUCUUCAUCCUCUUCAGCAAAUGACAAUGGAAACCCUCCUAAUCAUACAAAUGAGACACUAAUGGAAGAAAGCAUUCGGGUUACACGUGGCAGGCUAAGAAAAACCCGAUCAACUGGAACUCGUUAGGGCAUCAAUAUUGUCAAUUUUUAGCCUGAAAUAGGAAUAGGUGGACAAUGAUGAGCAUUGAAUUGAUGUAAAACUUUAUGUAAAUCUGUGUUCUUAAGUUUCCAUUCCAUUUGUUGCUUUAUUUUAUAUAUCUUUUUAAAUUUUGUUUUGGCAUGGAAGCUUUGUAGCCUGAUGCCACUUUACAUGGACAAAGAUUUCGACUGGAUGUUUCAUCGGCUGCUUUGUAUAGCUGGUCUUAACGUUGGAGUGUAACAGUGUUAACUAGUUUUGCAGGGAAGGCAGAACUUCAGUAACGAGGCAACUUCUUCCCAUCCCAUUUUUGCAUGCGUUA